AUCGAAAAUGUCAAACGCACAUGUAUUUAUUUACUUCUAAAUUUCGCAAAUUUCCUCGCAAAACCACAAGUUUAUGAAUAAAUUGCAAGACGAAUUAAAAACUCGUUAAAUUUUCUUAGCAUUUUUAUAGUAGUUCAAAUACAAACUACGUUUUGAAAUAGCUCAUUAACUUCACAAUGCCGAAGAACAUUCAAAAGGAACUGGCCAAAUGCAAACAUCCGCAAAGCCGAAAAACCUUAGCGUUGGCUAGGAAAAUGAAAAAGAUGAAUAAUCGAGAGAAAAAGAAAAUGGGCCACGCCGUUAAGGCCAACAUAGUUGGUAAGAAGUUGGGCUGGUUUGCGGAACAGCUGGAGGACCGUACGGAACCAUUGAACGCUGGUGAAUUCGAAGAAUUGAUCGACAGAUAUCUCACACGAUUCGAUGAAGAGCUGAAGCAAAUUAAGCUGGUCCAGUCAAUCAAUAAGCAACGGAACAAUCAGCACGCCGCCCGCGAGGCCUCCAUCAAGAUGACCCUCGAAAAGGAGCUGGAAAACUUCAACGGCGGGGGUCUGGAGCUGCCGGAUCUUUGCGAUGCCUUAGAGUUCAAAAAGUUUCAACAGUGGGAUGGAAACGCUCAAUCGAUUCAACAUUUGAAAAUGCACUUUAUUUCUCGAAAGCGGCUUCAAACGAGCAAAAAUACUGAUUCGAGUACAAAUGAAAAUAUGGCAACAGAUUAAAGGAACGAACGUUUUGUUUUGUCAAGUAA